GAGUUUGGUCUUGUCUUUUUUCAAUCUCUCUUCAAUUUGCUAACAGCAGUCAUGGCAGGAAUGGCAUCUGAUGGAACACAAUAUGAUCCUCGUCAGUUUGAUACUAAGAUGAAUGCCGUACUCGGCGAGGAAGGAGAGGAAACAUUCUACACUAACUAUGACGAAGUUUGCGAUAGCUUUGAUGCAAUGGAAUUGAAACCAGAUCUUCUUAGGGGUAUUUAUGCUUAUGGUUUUGAGAAGCCUUCUGCUAUUCAGCAGAGAGGAAUUAUUCCAUUCUGCAAGGGUCUUGAUGUCAUCCAGCAAGCUCAGUCUGGAACUGGAAAGACCGCUACCUUUUGCUCUGGUGUUUUACAGCAGCUCGAUAUUAGUUUGGUUCAAUGCCAAGCUCUUGUUUUGGCGCCUACCCGAGAACUUGCCCAGCAAAUUGAAAAGGUUAUGAGGGCACUUGGUGACUAUCUUGGCGUCAAGGCUCAGGCUUGUGUUGGUGGAACUAGUGUUCGUGAGGAUCAACGCGUUCUUCAGUCUGGUGUUCAUGUUGUUGUUGGAACCCCUGGUCGUGUCUUUGACUUGUUGCGUAGACAAUCCCUCCGCGCUGAUGCAAUCAAAAUGUUUGUUCUUGAUGAAGCUGAUGAAAUGCUCUCUCGUGGUUUCAAGGAUCAGAUAUACGACAUCUUCCAGCUUCUUCCUUCCAAGGUUCAGGUCGGUGUUUUCUCUGCUACAAUGCCACCCGAAGCCCUUGAGAUCACAAGGAAGUUCAUGAACAAACCAGUCAGGAUUCUCGUCAAGCGAGACGAGCUGACUCUGGAAGGUAUCAAGCAGUUUUAUGUCAAUGUAGACAAGGAAGAGUGGAAACUCGAGACACUAUGCGAUCUCUACGAGACACUAGCCAUCACGCAAAGUGUCAUCUUUGUGAACACAAGGCGUAAGGUUGAUUGGCUAACCGACAAAAUGAGAAGCCGUGACCACACUGUCUCAGCCACACACGGAGACAUGGACCAGAACACAAGAGACAUCAUCAUGCGCGAAUUCCGCUCUGGAUCUUCCCGCGUCCUCAUAACCACUGACCUUCUUGCUCGUGGUAUUGAUGUUCAGCAAGUCUCUCUGGUCAUAAACUUUGACCUCCCAACCCAACCGGAGAAUUACCUUCACCGUAUUGGAAGAAGUGGAAGGUUUGGGAGAAAGGGAGUGGCAAUCAAUUUCAUGACAACGGAGGAUGAGAGAAUGUUGGCUGAUAUUCAGAGGUUUUACAAUGUGGUCGUUGAGGAGUUGCCAAGCAAUGUUGCUGAUCUUCUCUGAAGCCCCUUUUUUUCUGUUGCGGCGGCCGGGUAAUUUUCUUCUUUGUUUUUUACUGAGAAAAUGCUGUUUUUACCCCUUUUUUUGGCAGCUUUUCUAUGCUUUGAUUUUUGUUUUCAGGCUACUACUUAGAUUAAUAGUUCUUGGCAAAAAGAGAACAGAACUCAUUACAUGAUUUUGCUUUUUGGCAAUCAAAAACUUCGGCAUUA